AUGCCAAGGCCUGUUGAUACGAUGGACAAGGCUGAAAAACCGAUUGUUGACAAAAUUAAGAAAGAGCAAACGCCAAGCCCCGAUGAUAAGACGGACAAGCCUGAAAUACCAGUUCCGACUGUAGUCGACGAAAAACCGAGUGUUGACAAACUUGAGAAAGAGAAAACGCCAAGCCCUGAUGAUAAGAUGGACAAGGCUGAAAUACCGACUGUAGACAAACUUGAGAAAGAGAAAACGCCUAGCCCUGUUGAUAAGCUGGACAAGGUUGAAAUACCGACUGUAGACAAACUAGAGAAAGAGAAAACGCCUAGCCCUGGUGAUAAGAUGGACAAAGCUGAAAUACCGGCUGUAGACAAACUUGAGAAAGAGCAAACGCCAAGCCCUGAUGAUAAGACGGACAAGCCUGAAAUACCAGUUCCGACUGUAGUCGACGAAAAACCGAGUGUUGACAAACUUGAGACAGAGAAAACGCCAAGCCCUGAUGAUAAGAUGGACAAGGCUGAAAUACCGACUGUAGACAAACUUGAGAAAGAGAAAACGCCUAGCCCUGUUGAUAAGCUGGACAAGGUUGAAAUACCGACUGUAGACAAACUAGAGAAAGAGAAAACGCCUAGCCCUGGUGAUAAGAUGGACAAAGCUGAAAUACCGAUUGUAGACAAACUAGAGAAAGAGAAAACGCGUAGCCCUGGUGAUAAGAAGGACAAGGUUGAAAUACCACUUCUGACCGCUGUCGAUGAAAAAUCAACUGUUGACAAACUUGAUAAAGAGAAAACGCCAAGCCCUGAUGAUAAGAUGGACAAGGAUGAAAAACCAGUUCAAACUGCAGUUGAUGAAAAAAGAACUGUUGACAAACUUGAGAAAGAGAAAGCACCAAGCCCUGUUGAUAAGAUGGACAAGGCUGAAAUACCAGUUGCAACUGUAGUCGACGAAAAACCGGCUGUUGACAAACUUGAGAAAGAGAAAACGCCAAGCCCUGAUGAUAAGAUGGACAAGGAUGAAAAACCAGUUCUUACUGCAGUCGACGAACAACCGACUGUUGACAAACUUGAGAAAGACAAAACGCCUAGCCCUAUUGGUAAGAUGGACAAGGAUGAAAAACCAGUUCUGACUGCAGUCGAUGAAAAACCACCUGUUGACAAACUUGAGAAAGAGAAAACACCUAGCCCUUCUGAUAAGAUGGACAAGGCUGAAAUACCAGUUCCAACUGUAGUCGACGAGAAACCGAGUAUUGAGAAACUUGAGAAAGAGCAAACGCCAAGCCCUGAUGAUAAGACGGACAA